GCGAGCCUAGGUGGGAAGGAGUCUCGAGGAGGAGAAUGAGGAAGAGUAACCGCUGGCUGUGACAGUGACAGUUGCUUCUCUCCUCCAUCCCCUCCUUCAACUUCAUCAUCAGCAUCAGCAUCAUCAUCACCCGCCUCAGCAACAGCAGCUUCAGCUUCAUCAGAGGCAGAAGCAGCGUCCGUCCAGAGAGUGGAGAACGAAAAACCGAAGCAGCACGCAUCUUUAAAAAAAAAGGAAAAAGAAAAGGUGCACCACUUGAGACGGAAGAUGGAGAAAUGGCAGUUGCAGAUGAGCGAAUGUAAGGACCAAGAAAUUCGACAAAAUCUUCUUUUAUGACAAAAACCCGGAUCCGUGCAACAGUAGGAACUAUUUAAGGAACAAAAAGAUUGCCCCAUUUGACGCCCAUACAACAUGGAUAUAUCUUCAUCUUCGCUUCAGUACGGAUCAAAAAAGCGGGUCAAGAUUCACCCCAACACAGUGACGGUGAAAUAUGCCACUCACUUCCCUCAGCCUGGAGAUGAGGGCUAUGAUGAUGCACCCUCUUUUGAGGACUUUGGCGCCUUCGCUGAAGCCAGUGUGGGGAAGAGACUGGUGUCAGAUAGCAAAGGUGGCAGGACUUUCUUUGGAACCAUGGAAACCCAACCUAAGCAGCCAAGUGUGCAAAGAGACAAGGGUGUUGAGGGGCAGCUGGCCAGCUUUGGCGAGGCGAAUGUGUUGGCCUCCAGGGUAACCUGGAUGGCAUUGUUUGGGGCAGCAGUGGCUCAUGGCUGUGUGGCAUUGAUUACUCGUUUAGCAGCUGACCGUUCUAAAGUUCCUUCUCUUGAGCUACUAUUCAUCCGCUCCGUGAUCCAAGUGCUGUCCAUCCUGGUGGUCUUCUACUACCACGAAGCCCCCUUUGGCCCCAAGGGCUAUCGACUGCGUCUCUUCUUUUACGGUGUCUGCAACGUAAUCUCAAUCACCUGCGCUUACACAUCCUUUGCCAUAGUACCACCUAGCAAUGGCACUAUCAUGUGGCGUGCCUCCACCACAGUCUUCAGUGCAAUUCUAGCCUUCCUGCUGCUGGAUGAGAGGCUGGGCUAUACCGAUGUGGUCACAGUGGUAGGAAGCGUGUUUGGCUUGUGCCUGGUUAUGGUACCAAAUGUAGCAGAUGAGGAGAAGUCCAGGCUGGGGUUUUGGAAGGAGGCCUUUGGCUACACAAUGACAGUGAUGGCCGGCAUGACUGCUGCCCUCUCCAUGAUCGUCUACAGGGCCAUUAAGGAGCGGGUCAGCAUGUGGACCGCACUCUUUACCUUCGGCUGGACGGGCACAGUUUGGGGUGCCUCCACCAUGUUUAUCAUGCAGGAGCCCAUCAUUCCUCUGGAUGCGGAGACCUGGGGCUAUUUAAUUGGGAUUUGUAUCUGCUCCACUGUGGCAUUUCUCGGAGUCUACUAUGCUCUAAAUAAGUUUCAUCCAGCCUUAGUGAGCACUGUGCAGCAUCUGGAGAUUGUGGUUGCCAUGUUUCUCCAGCUCAUCGUUCUGAGGAUGAUCCCCUCUGUCUAUGACGUCAUCGGGGGCCUAGUCAUCAUGAUUAGUGUGUUUACUCUGACGGGAGUCAAGCUGUACAGGGUGAGCAGAGCCAUUCGGCAGGAUUACCAAGAGAUCCUGGACUCACCCAUCAAAUGAAUUUAGAUGUCAGUCUAAUUGUUUACAAUGUUGCUUGGUUGUACAAUUCAAAGAAUGUCUGGGUCGUCAUCUGAUGAUUUUGUAUUGUUGUGUUGUCAAAUGAGUGCCAGUUGUGUAACUAAUAAAAAAAAUGGUGUCUUAAUAUUUGUGUGGGAAAUAAUAAAAAAAAAAAAGGCAGAUAUAACAUGGUGACCACUUUGCCCCAGUAGUAUUGCUUUAAUGUCUAAUCAGUUGUGUGACUGGCCAAAAUGUUGGGCAUGAAAAUGAUCUGUUUGAUUUGUGUGCUUUACCACGCUCAAAGAUUUGAAAUCAAAUUGACCACGUGGGAUCUGGUCUUGUGAAUGUCAAUGUAAAAUCAGCAAAGAUGUAUCUCUGUAAAUGUCAGCCCAGAGAUGGGUCACGCUACAUAAAAGGAAUAAAAUAAGAACUUUAAAAACAGCCCAACCUUUUAUAAAAAACAAAAACAAAAAAACAACUGCUAUUUAUUUGUGUGGCUCCUAAGCUGUUGCUUUCCAAGACAGUAUCAUUUCUUCAAAGAAACAAUUACAGAUGAGCCAGCAAAGCUACAAAGUACAAUAUAAUGUCCUUUAUGUGAUAGGCUGCAGGCUGUGGCAUUAUGUGAGAUUGUUCUUAUUAAAUCUAAAUUGAACAUCACAAACAGACUCCAAAUUUACUGGAGAUCAAAUGUGACUUUGAAAAAUAAAAGAUCUUGUCUAUAAUUCCUUA